AUGUUCAUAUACUGUCGUUCCACUGCAAAUGGCGGUGCAAUCACCUUCAUUGGCAGCAGUUCCAUCACAGAAGAUAGAUUUUAUGAUGAAGGAUCUGCAAACGUAGUUCAAGCAAGUGAUAAAUUUACUACCGCAAAUCAUGCAUAUUUAUACUUAGAUUCAACCGCAAGCUAUAUUAUGAAUCAAGGAUGUGUUUUUAAUUCUAAAACAAAUACAACAAACGUUGGAAAUAUUUUAGCUGAGAAUGGCGAUAAAACAAUAAAAUUUUAUAAUUGUUCUUAUUGUGAAUCUGGAUGUAACUCUGCUCUUCAUCUAAAGAUUUCGUCAAACAACCCUGAGAUUCUUUAUUGUAAUUUUAUAAGUGCUUCAUCAAUUAAAACAGCUUCUUGUUUUGUUGUUGAAGAAAAUAGUCAAGGAUCUAAAUAUACUGUAAAUCACAUGGUAAUGAUGAAUAAUACUCAAAAAGGAAAUGGAGGAAUAAUUGAAUGUUACAACUUAAAUUUAUACAUAAAUGAUGCAGUUAUUCUUGGAAAUCCUGGUAAUUCUUAUAUGUUUUAUAUCAACGGUGGGAAAAUUAUAAUUAGUAAUAGUAUUGUCGAUUAUAUGACAACCUCAACCGUAAAUGGUGCUUUCGAAAAGACAAAUGUCUCACAAAGUACUCCAUAUGGAUGGAAAUUUAGGCUAUUAUCUCCUCCAUAUAUGAGGCAUACAAAAAUAUGUACAUAUCAUAUCCAAUUUAAAUUUUGUGCAUUUUUAAAUUAUAAUAUGAUGUUGAUAUUUUUGUUUCUAGAUUAA